AUGGAACUAGAAUGUCUUGUUGAUAAUAUGGAAGAGGAGCCAGAGAGAAAGAAUUUACUGGUUUUACCUAGCUUUGAAAAAGAACCUAAUGCAAGUAGCUGUGAUGGAACUAAAUAUUUAAACACUUAUGUAGGAGAUAAGGAGAAAUUAAAUGAAUAUACGGUACUUUGUGUUCCUGACAAAACAGAUGUUGAGUCUCCUGAUAUCUAUGAAUCUGUUAAUAAUUUACAAUCAGUUUCGCCAAUGUUUAAAAAUGAACCAGUUUUAUUUAUGAAUAAAUCAAUCACACCUGGAUUGAAGUUAAUUCAAUUAGAAAUGGGUCCAUGCCAACCAGUUGCUACCGAUUUACCCAAUGGUAAAUUUCCUAAAGAUGAAUCAAAUCCACCACGUUCGUUUUCAACAUCAUAUUAUACAAAGUUGGUUAAUGGAAAGUCUGAACAUCGAUCGUGGAUUACAUACUCGUCUUCAAUGAAUAGAAUUUAUUGCUGGACAUGCAAACUGUUUGGUUCUAUUAGAGCUCAAAAAAACUCUUUUGUCACUACAGAUCACUUAGAAGCUGAAUUAAAUAAAAUAAUGUACAUAAAUAAUAAUCGUGUUGAUAUUCAGUUAAUGAAUUCUAAUAAUAAGCAUGUUGCAAUGAAUAGAGCAGUUGUGCAUGUAUUAAUGGAUAUAGUGUUAUGUUUAUCCAAACAUAAUGAUGCAUUCAGAGGCCAUACUGAGUGUUUAACUAAUGGUAAAAGUGAAAAAUUUCUAGAUUGGGUCAACGUUUUGGCCAAACAUCAUACAAUUUUAGCUACACACUUGGAAAAUAUUAAAUCAUCAACAAAAAAACAAAGAUUGACAUUUCUAUCUAAAUCAUCACAAAAUUCUAUGCUCAACUGUAUUGCUGAAUCGAUCCGUGAAACUAUUUUAAAGGAAGUGAAAGCGGCUGGAAUGUAUUCACUUAUACUGGACUCUACAACGGAUGUGUCAAAGCUCGACCAAUUUGCUUUUGUAUUGAGAUAUUGUACAAACGAUGGGCUUAUAAAAGAGUGA